CUUAAUAUCACCGCCCUGUCGGCCCACAACUCUGUCUCGGUCCUCGAGUGCUGGCAACUGAGCAGCCCCUUCGUCACGUCUGACGAGCCAGGCCGAGUGGGAACGCAGUCCAUGUCCCUGGCCCAGCUGGGCAACGCUACCUACGACAUCAUCCCUGCGCGAUACGACGGGGGUUUGCAUAGUGAGCCACGCAAGCAGUUCGUAUACUUUAUCUCCGGCCUAGCACACAUAACCCUGCCGAACCACACCGAGGCCUGGAUCCGCGGCGGCAAACACGGCCUCAUCUUCGCCGAGGACACUUCAGAUGUGAGCCCCUGGGGCCACGGGACCGAGUACCCGGGACAGGAGGACACGAUCGCCAUCACGAUCCCCGUCGAGGACGGGGUGGUGCCCGAGCACACUGUCUUACACGAGGGGCCUUGC